AUUUCUGAGACACAGACAGACAGCCAUCAUCAUGUCCCUUUCUCCCGAACAAAUCCAGCUCAUCAAGGCCACUGUGCCUGUGCUGCAGGAGCAUGGCACCACCAUCACCAAGGUCUUCUACGACAACAUGCUCACUGCGCACCCCGAGCUCAAAACCGUGUUCAAUGUCUCCAACAAGGUCCACGGGCACCAGCCGCAGGCGCUCGCGGGCGCGCUCUUCGCGUACGCGAGCUAUAUCGACAACCUGGGGGUCCUCUCGCCGGCCGUUGAGCGCAUCUGCCACAAGCACGCCUCGCUUGCUAUCCAGCCCGACGGGUACCAGAUCGUCGGCAAGUUCCUCCUCGAAGCGAUGGGCCAGGUGCUCGGUGACGCGCUCACGCCUCCGCUGCUCGAAGCCUGGGCGGCCGCGUACUGGCAGCUCGCCAACAUCAUGAUUGGCAAGGAGGCCGAGUUGUACAAGUCCGCCGACGGGUGGACUGAUUUCCGUGACUUCCGUGUCGCUCGUAAAGAGCCCGAGUCGGACGUCAUCACCUCGUUCUACCUCGAGCCCGUGGACGGCAAGCCUCUGCCGUCUUUCCUGCCGGGCCAGUACGUCUCUAUCCAGGUGCAGGUGCCGCAACUCAACCACGCGCAAUGCCGCCAGUACUCGCUCAGCGACCAGCCAAAGCCAACCUACUACCGUAUCAGUGUACGCAAGGACCUUGGUCUGGAUGCCUCUGACCCGUCCGCGCCCGCGCAUCCCGGCUACGUCUCUAACAUCCUCCAUGACAAUAUCAAUGUUGGCGACAUCGUCAAGCUCACCCAUCCCUAUGGCGACUUCCACCUCACCGAUGCCGCCGCCUCAAGCCCGCUUGUCCUGAUCUCCGCUGGCGUCGGUCUCACCCCGAUGACAUCAAUGGUGAACACGCUGCGCACCGCCGAGUCCAACACCCGCCCUGUACAUUUCAUCCACGGCGCACACACGUCCGCAUCGCGUGCCUUCCAAGCACACCUGCAGUCCCUCCCCAACCUCAAAACAACGUACUUCCUGACGGCUCCAACCGAGUCGGACAAGCAAGGCGAGAACUACACAUACAAGGGUCGCGUUGAUCUAUCCAAGAUCGCCGACGAGGAUCUCUUCCUUGGCGACAAGCAGACUGAGUACUACAUCUGUGGGCCGACGGCGUUCAUGCUCGAUACACAGAAGGCGCUUGUGGCCAGGGGCGUGGACCAGAGCCGCGUGCACAUGGAGCUUUUCGGCACGGGUGGCGUGCCGGCGGCUUAGAGCUGUCCAUCACGGGAGCUUCAAAACUUUCGAGGCCAGGCCAGACCUCAAUUCGUCUAUCAGUGGAGGCUGUGGCCGAUGCUGUGUGAGGCAGGGCGACGUGUGACGAGAGCAAUUCUUCUGAUUUGACUGUAUUUUUUCGUAAUGAUAUCCCAAUCCCGACUCUGUUAUGUAAUUAGAAUUUUGCCCAGCCAAUGAAUAAUACUCUCUCCUCUUG